AUAUCAUAUUUUAUCAACUGAUAUUUAUUCGUUUAGUCUAUAAUCUCUGAAUUGAAUAUAUCACAAAAUUCCAGUACAAAGACAAAAGCUUUGCUGCUGGACAUCUCUCAAACUAUACCAAAAUGCCUACAGAACUAGAGGAGCUCGUGGAGUUCCUUGGCUCUCCGAAUCCACAAAUAAGACAGAUCGCUGCUGCAAACCUCACUGUCUUUUCCUCAAGUCAACCCACCCUCUUCAAAAGACAAAAUCUGCAACCCAUAAAAGACUUGAAAAUUCUUGUUUUAGAUCAUCCGACUAUUGCCAAAGAUGCACUUACAAUGUUAAUCAAUCUCUCUGCAGAUAAACAAAUAUUGAGGUUCUUAGCAGAUGAUGACGGCUUUAUCGAGAUUCUGAUUUCCAAAAUAUCUAACAAAAAAGAGCCAAAUGCAGACGACAUUGCAAUGCUACUUGCAAACCUCGCCAAAGCAGAUAGUUUUAGCCGUAUCAUCUCCUUCACCAGAAAGAAAGCAGAUGACGUCUCUACAUCGACAAACGCGCUGAAUCAAUUACUAGACUGCUUUGUCAAGGGUGCCGAGGGAAAUCUAAACAAAACCGCUAAUUACGAUUAUCUAGCAUAUGUCUUUGCAGAUCUCUCAAAGACUGAAGAAGGUCGGAAAUUCUUCACGACGAAACAAGACUAUGACGGAGUCAUCCCCGUUACGAAGUUGCUUGUCUUCACAGAACAUAUGAGCGACAUUCGACGAAGAGGAGUAGCCUGGACUAUCAAGAAUGUCUGUUUCGACGUCCAGUCUCACCCUAUGCUCAUUAAUGAAGAGGAUGACGAGGGCGCCAAUUUGCUUCCUUAUAUCUUACUUCCAAUCAUGGGACCGGAAGAAUAUCCCGAUGAUGAAUCGUCUGAGAUGCUACCAGAUUUACAACUCCUGCCUCCCGACAAACGACGAGAGUCAGAUCAUCAAAUCAUCCUCGCACAUUUAGAGACUAUCCUGCUGUUGACCACGACACGCGAAGCACGCGAUAAGAUGAGAAAAGUGCAGGUUUACCCUAUUAUUAGAGAGUGUCAUCUUGGUGUUGAAAGUGAGGAAGUCCGUGAAGGAUGUGAUCGACUAGUUCAGGUCUUGAUGCGUGGAGAGGAAGGAGAAGUAAAUGAAGCUGAGCAAGAGGCUAUACAAAGAGCUGGUGUACAUACUCUUCUGGGUCAACAGAAGCGAUCUAUCACAGAGGCUGUUGAAGAGGAUGAUGAAGAAGAUGAGCAGAUAGUGGACAUACUAGCUUAAUCAAAGUCAUCUAUUCUAGU